GUGUGUCUACCUCGGGCGUUCAGUUGUAGACUCGAGCAGUUGCAACGCGCGUUCACUGGUGCCCACACCUGAGAAAGCUAACGCCGAGUUUGGGUAUCCCCUCCGGGUGAAACUGACGCGUACACCUGUAGAAGAAUAGAUUUCACAUCGUGAUCGCACGCUGUAGACAAUUACUGGAGUUCAAGAGGACACAUUUUGUUGUCAUUCAGACCGGACUGACCAGGUGUACGAGACCUAGCAGAUUAACGUUCAUUGCAAUACAGGUGGGAGCGACUAAGGACAGGUUGAUUGCGACAUCGAGAGACUACCUGGCCCAGGGUUUAUCACCGACACCCGACACGACAGUGAAAGGGAACAUUCCUCUCGGGCCUACAGAAUACGGGGAGCGUCUCAAUGAAACUGGCAGAGCGUGGCUGAGGCGAACAAGCUUAGCAACUGGGCAGACAGAUCCGCCCGCCGCAGCUCAACAGUCGACUAUUGAAGUUCUCUACAGUCUUUGAACAGGCACAGAGGGAGCUGGAAGCCCUCGCUUCGCUGGGUCGGCAGUAGAUCUUCAGAGUUGUUAACGCUCGAGUGACGGUAGGCGACUUGCCUCGCCGGGCUGGAUGAACGGAUUUAGUUGACUUCUGUGGGCCGCUGAGAAAGGCCGGACUAGUUUCUUAGUGGACUGAUUGUGCUGAUUGGAUUUAAUCAUGUCAUUAUUCUCAGGAAACAAGACAAAAGACUUAUUGUCUAAAAAGGCAAACUUUUAUGUGGAGUUUCUGGGUUGGAUGGAGACGAACGGUCUCCGUGGUGAGAGGUACACAGAGCCAGUGGUUAAAAUACUGCGACAGAGGCAACAGAAUGUGGAGAGAUCUCCCAAACUGACCGUCCAGGUGAGCAAGAAGGAGGUGAAGAUUAGCCAGGAUGUUGAGGAGAAGAAAAAGAGGAGUAUCAAGAAGAUAAAAUUCCCGACAAUUCCCUCCCGUGAUGUGACGUACGCUGUUCAGUCGAUGUUUCCGGACGGUCGACCCGAUGACACUGUGGCUAUCAUCUAUUUAGGGUACAUGCCGCGCACCCAGAAGUACGUCCACGCUCACGUGUACAGAUUCGAUGAAGCUGCAACGGCUGCAACGUUUGUGGACAUGAUCAACCAAAUCACGGACAUGAACGCCAUGCGGAUCAGACAGGUUGAGAAGGAUUUAGCUGAUAAAGGGGAGAUUGAGGACACCCGUCGCACAAUGGUAGGUCUGAACUCCUCUGAUGGUAUGAGUGACCCUCAAUAUUCGGUCGAGUCUCCCGCUGACUCCGCUGCCAGUAACAGCUCCUUCAGCGACGACUCGCCUCAUUUCGGUAGCGAUGAGAUUGACCCUGACCUUCAGAGCUUGUCUGACGUGCAAAACUUCGAUUCAGUGGCUGAUGAACUUCAGUUCAGGUUGAAAAUCGGAGACGCACCGAUCCUGCUUCCGCCUAAAGACUAUGAUACUGUUCACAGACAGCACGGAAACCUGGCCGGAACGAAGGAAAGGCGUUGUUUGAACAUGGACAUAAUAGGAGGCCGGGAGAGGAACGGGUCUGGCGAGAGCGGAAUAGAUUUGAACUCACCUACAAGUGAAACUGGUAGCAAGCUACCCGAAUAUACAGAAGGACUUGAUAAAAAUGUGCCUAUUAACCCUAUAACUCCUGAAUUAAGACAGGAGUUCACAUACCCCUAUGCUUCGCCAAACAGUCCCAUGAACAACAGGAGGAGUGUUAGCUCAAGAGAUCUGGACAGUCCAAGAACUUCUCGGGAAUUCAACGGCUACGGUCCUAACAGUCCAUCUCUCCGUCGCAACGACGUCUUUCAACGUCAACAUAGUUCUGAGAACUUCAGCGACAUGGGCAGCCCUGCACUGCGACGUCACGAAGGGUUGAAGAAGUCGUCCAGCUACAACCACUACGGUUCCGAGAGCAACGUUCCCGGUCGGUUGAACCCUGUCUACAACGGCGACAGCGGACCCAACAGCCCCCGUGUGGUCGCACAUGGCCGUCAAACGUCGCAGUCGUCGAUGUACAGCAACAACAGCUACAAGAGCGACGGCUCGAGGGGUAGUCGAGGUAGCAAUGAAAGAGAGGAAGUUGUGAUGUACCCGUCAGUAGAGGACACACCCCUGCUGAUUAUGACAGAACCAUGGGUCCGGCGGAAAUGAGGAGGAAGGUUUUAGCCCCUAAUUCUGAAUACAUGAGUCGGGAAGAGCUGACUCAAAGCUUUCCCCAGGCGGAGUUGAGACGGGAAUUUUUGUCUGCGUCAAUAGGAGGACCCAGGGAUCCCCGGAGAUCCCAGAACAUGGGGGGCGAGAUUCAAUAUGGGGAUGUGUAUGCCCAAGUUGCAAAGAGAGGGAAUUCUAUGUACAGGUGAAGUGUAGACAAUUACUAAUGACUUUCUAACGAACACUGUACACCUAUUCGCCUCACAGUUUAUUAAUACAGACUGCAGAUGGAAUCUCGUGUGUACAGUAACGAUUGUGUGGAGCGUGUACAAAAUGAUGACGAAGGAGUACUGUUGUGUGCGAACAAGUUAUAUUCUCAGGAUAUAUGGCAGCGUAAAAAGUGUUCUGUAAAUAAUUGAAGUGCAACUUGUAAAAUCACUUACAAAUGUAUUUUCAUAUUCACAGGACAUAAUGUGUAUAUAGUUACAUAUUCUGUUAAAAUCAAAACGUACUACACGGGGAAUUCCAUAAUGCACAAAGUGACCUGAGAAACGUUUGAAAACAAUGUGUGUGAUUGGUUAACGAAACCGCGCGGACGUCAGAGAAGACAACGUGUGAAGUUGAACACAGCAACGGUCCAUCUGAACUAGUGGUAGGACCAUUUAGCGUCAUGCAUAGGACCAAAAGUGUUAACAGUCUCACCAGUGAAGGGGUUAAUCAACUUGAAGACGCCAUUAUCAACCAACCUGAACAGACCAGACUGUUUAUGUAAUGUGUUUUUGUCUGUGUAGCAAAUGACUUCUUUCUGGCGAUAUCAAGGAGGAUUUGUUCAACAGACUGAGAUUUAGCCUCUAGUUGAAACCUCCCCUAAUCUGAGAUCAGACUAAUCUAACAAGUGAAUCAUUCCAGGGUUUUUGGACUCAAAGGGAUAAUCGUCAUAUUAAAUCACGAGGUAGAGAAGCCGACAGCGUGUAAACCUACGAGGCGUGCAAAGACCCGACAAACAGAUGCGCUCAGGCAAAGAGUUGCUUUAAAUACAGACUAUGGCUUGAAGGUCCCUUGAAGGACUGGUAUGGACUGAAUCGUUCAUAAGCAAUCUGGGACAGCCUCUGUUGAAAUCAAUUUUAUUUAUUACCCAACGAGAUCGUUGACGUGCCGUUGAGAAAUGGCAAAUAUUAUUUAUGUGUUAAAGACUAUAUCUAUGUACAUAUACAGACACUGAUUCAAUAUACACAUAUACCGUCUUUCAGUUACGCCCUGCACUGUAUAAUACUCUGAAAAACCUAGGUCUUCUAUGUAUAGAGAAUCAAUGCUUUAAUUACCAAUGAGUGCAUUGUGAAAGUCUGUUUGCCUUUAAAGGGGGCUGCGUUAUUUAUUGGUCCCAGUUUGAUUUAUUCAAGCAGAACUUUAAUAGCAGUUUAAGUUCAAAUUUUAUAACUUAAGGUUCAUCAACUGAAAUAAUAGUUAACGAUUGCAUAAUGAUACCUAAUAUCAGAAUUUCAACGUUUUGACCUAAAUUUACACACGACAUCAACAUAGUCCAUCUAAGGUUAUUUUUAUAAAUGUCUGUUUAAAUUAUCGAUCUUCUGUUAUUUCUAUUUUGUUCGAUAUCUGAUUCAGUCCUGAGACAUUGCAAUAUGCGCGUUUUGCAUGUGCAGACUAACCUGUUGUGACAUUGUAUAAACAUCAUUGAUCACA